GCCUGUGGCUCAGUUAGAGAGGCGAGAGCCAGGCAGGGGAGCGGAGGCGGGCAGGCGGGCAGGCAUCCCGGAGCGCGCGUGUCUGGCGGGAGGGGGAGCGCGCUGUCCAGGGUCCUGAAGGCGAGCGAGGCUUGCUCCAAGUCCGGAGGGAAGGCAAGGAGCGAGAAGCAGCUCCCCCAGCACCACCUUUCGGGCAGGCAGCCGAUCCCAAGUGCUGCCCGGUCUACUAUGGAAGAGGAGAAAUACCUACCCGAGCUGAUGGCCGAGAAAGAUAGCCUGGAUUCGUCCUUUGUUCACGCGAUGCGCCUUUUGGCGGAAGAAAUUGAAAAGUUUCAGAGUUCUGAUGAGAAGAAGGAAGAUGAAGAGAAAAAAUACCUUGAUGUCAUCAGCAACAAAAAUAUAAAGCUGUCAGAAAGAGUAUUGAUUCCCGUCAAACAGUAUCCAAAGUUUAAUUUUGUGGGCAAAUUACUUGGUCCAAGAGGAAAUUCCUUGAAAAGAUUGCAAGAGGAAACAGGUGCAAAAAUGUCCAUCCUCGGCAAAGGUUCUAUGAGAGAUAAAGCCAAGGAAGAAGAACUAAGGAAGAGUGGAGAAGCAAAAUAUGCUCACUUGAGUGAUGAACUACAUGUAUUAAUUGAAGUGUUUGCCCCACCUGGGGAAGCUUAUUCACGGAUGAGUCACGCCUUAGAAGAAAUUAAAAAAUUCCUCAUUCCAGACUAUAAUGAUGAAAUUCGUCAAGAGCAAUUGAGAGAAUUAUCAUAUUUAAAUGGUUCAGAGGAUUCAACCCGUGGACGAGGCAUUAGAGGAAGAGGAAUCAGGGUUCCUCCUGCAGCAUCUUCAAGGGGACGUGGGAAUGCAAUUCCUCCACCACCAUCUGGACGAGGAGCUCAAGCACCAAGAGGAUCUCCUGUGACACGUGGAGUACUUCCAGUCCCUCCUGUAGCUAGAGGUGUUCCAACCCCUCGAACAAGAGGGGUUCCAGCCGUGCCAGGUUACAGACCACCCCCUCCCCCAGCACAAGAACCUUAUGAAGAAUAUGGAUAUGAUGAUGGAUAUGGCGGUGAAUAUGAUGAAUCAAGUUAUGAGGCUUACGAUAACAGCUAUGCCACACAAACACAAAGUCUGCCUGAAUAUUAUGACUAUGGCCACGGAGCAAGUGAAGAUGCUUAUGACAGCUACGCACAAGAAGAGUGGGCCAUAAGCCGUCCAAGCCUAAAGGCGCCACCUCCCAGAUCAACCAGAGGGGGUUACAGGGAACACCCCUAUGGUAGAUAUUGAAGGUCCUCCUCAUCUGUGACCUCACCUUAAAGACAAUUAAUAACCCGUGGUCUCUGCAUAAACGGCAACAAGACAAGCUUCCAAAUACAAUGGACAGCAAAUCAGGAGACAGUUACAUAACAUUCAGGUAAAGCCUCAAAUUGGCAUGUCAGCAGAUUAUAUCAAGGUUGUGCCGGGAGAACUGAUUAAUUCCAGAGUCUGACAGAUUUUGCAUACCAAUAUAAGUUUUCACACAUGUGUUACUCCACAGGUAUUCCUCCCUGUAGGAAAAAUGUUGAAUUGGAGUUGUCCUAGGGAAAGUGUCCAAGCUUGUGGUGCUUUCAGUCUCUCAUCUUCCUACUUCUCAUGCCAUUCCUCAGACCAUGGAUUGUCAAAGCCAUAUGGGACUGAAACUUCAGUACAUGUUUGUAAACUAAAAAUAUUAAUUUAGUUCAAGAAAAAGAUUUGUGCAUGAAUAUUUCUGAAUUGAUUAUGGAUUGUUCCACGAUGACAGAUGUUAUUCUUGUUUUCUCUUCAGUAAGUAUUUUCUCCCAUAUGGUAGUUCAGCACAUUCAUGUUUUUGGCACUAGGCUAGGAUAUGAGACAGAUGCAACAACUAUGUGAAGUUUAAGAAAUAUGGUCCUAGCAUUGGUUUUCAAACAUUUCCCCUUUAUACUAGGAAUGUGAGAACUUCAUACAUCUUUUUGACUUCAAUGAAAAAACAUAUAUGUCAAAAAUAAUCUGUCCAAAACAUCUGGGUGGCACUAUGUUGGGAGGAUUGAUUACGAACUUUGACUAGCUGAUGAAAAGGAUACCCUGGGCAUUUUUAGUCUCCCGGCACAAGAUAUGAGAAAUCGUUCUGUGUUUUAUUUAUUUAUUUAUUUAUUUACAGUAUUUAUAUUCCGCCCUUCUCACCCCAAAGGGGACUCAGGGCGGAUUACAAUGAACACAUAUAUGGCAAACAUUCAAUGCCAACAGACAAACAACAUUCAGUUUUAGACAGACACAGAGGCAUUUUUUAACAUCUUUCCAGCUUCACGAUUCCGGCCACAGGGGGAGCUGUUGCUUCACCGUCCAUUGGUGGCUGUUCUUCCUCUUCUUUUCCUCGUGAGCAGUUUUAUGGUGUUGUAGAUUAGUUAAAUUAGCCUCCCGCAUAAAGCGUCCCUAAAUUUUCCCUACUUGACAGAUGCAGCUGUCUUUCGGGGCUGCUAGGUCAACAGCAAGCUGGGGCUAUUUUUUUUUUAUGGUCGGAGGCUUAACCCGACCCGGGCUUCGAACUCAUGACCUCUCAGUCAUUAGUGAUUUAUAGCAGCUGGUUACUAGCCAGCUGCGCCACAGCCCGGCCCCAUAUCUUCAUAUCGUGUAUCAUAUCUUCCAGCAGAAUUUCAUUGAAUUCAGUGCCUCUCUGCCACUGUAAAUCUUGAAGUCAGUGGGUCAAAACAAUUAUUUCUUCUUGAACUACAGGAAAAUAAGAAAACCUGUGGUCCCAAAGCAUUAAAUGAAACCUACCACUUUAACUAAGCUAGUAUAAAGUUCUUUAAUGGGGUACCUUCAUAAAAGCAUAUUGAAACUACUCUUAGGAAAACCAGGACACAGAAUAGAUUUUUCAAGAGGAUCAAAGUCAGCAAUGAUUACUAUGAGAACUUCUUUAUGUUACAAAAAACAGUAUAACAGAUAUUUUAAAGGUAAUCUCUUUCACAGCUGAAUGUUCUCUGAGUUACUAUUUCAUUCCAUUCAUAGGACCAUUGCUGUUUCCAGCAAUUUACAGCUGCAUUGAAAUGGAUUAUGUGUGUACUACAAAAAGCAGACAUGUAACCCAAUAUGGCAAGUGAAACAAGGUACAGAGCCCUUCAUUAUAUGCACACUCAGAAACCCUUAAAUGGAUGAGGCAGCUAUUUGCAUCUGAUCGGAGCUAAGUGGGACAUUAAAUUAAUGCCAAACAUGUGUAGAGCUACAAUCAAAUGCUUUCUAGCUAUCUUCACUCUUCUUGGGCUACCAAAUAGCCAAAGUGGGAUGUGCCAAUGCUGAAAAAGUCUUAUGCACUGCAGAACAGGAUUGCUGUGUGAGGAGAGCCAUCUCUCAAAAAUCCCACCAAAAGUUCAGUUCUUCAUGUGGAGGCCAGCGACAAAUAGAAAACCAAACAGAAAUGCAAUACCCAGCAAAUCAACACAUUAUGUUUGAAAAGGUCAAGAUGAUAUUUAUCUCCUUAGCAUUCCAAUGAGGGCUGACUGGGAACAUUUUGUCAUCAUUCUGUCAAUCAAAAAGAAGCAGGAGGAUGGGGAAGAUUGAGUGACAAAGACUGUAACAAAAUGGGGAAAGAAAUAUGACAAAUAAAGUUUUGGGAAAUACUCA